UUGAGCAGAUUAUAACUUACAGUUAGUUCACAAUAACAAAUUUUAUUCACAAGUUGAUGGGUAACGGGGUUUAUUUAAAAGCAAGAUCAACACAAAAUCCAAUCAUUCAGUAUUUUGACUACCGCCAAGAUCGUUGUUCUGAAAUUUUUAAAAAUUUCCAAUUUUGUUUGUUUCAAAAAAUAAAAAAAAAAUAAUAUCAAAAUGCCAACUGCAGUACCCCAAUCAAUAAACUUCUAUAAAGGAAAAUUUCAACUUAAGGAAGAAAUUGAAAAGUUGAAUUUAAAAAAUGUAGACGAAGCUCUUAACAUUUGUGAUUUGACCACCGUUGUGAGUAAAUUUUACACCUGGAAGAAACACAUGCCAAAUGUUACACCUUAUUAUGCUGUUAAAUGUAACGAUGAUCCCUAUAUCAUAAAAACACUUGCUGACUUGGGAGCAAGCUUUGAUUGUGCAUCGAAAAAUGAAAUUAAGUUAGUUCUGGGACUUGGAGUCAGUCCAGAUCGUAUAAUUUUUGCAAAUCCAAUGAAAGCAACUUCUCACAUUGAAUAUAUGAAAGCCAAGAACGUCACUGACAGCACUGUGGACAAUGAAUUCGAGUUGUAUAAGAUUUAUAAAAGCUUUGGAGACUCCAAUGUUGUUCUUCGAUUUCUUUCCGAAGCUGAAAACGCAUUAUGUCCACUUGGUGAUAAGUUCGGAUGUGAUGCCGUUGAAGAUGCAGCAGCAGUGUUACUUUUAGCUGAAAGUUUGAACAUGAAUGUUACAGGUGUGAGUUUCCAUGUUGGAUCCGGUUGUAGCGACUAUCCAGCAUACGAAAGGGCAAUUUGUACAGGUUCGCAAUUAUUCAAAUUCGGCAGACUAAUCGGACAUUAUAUGAAAUUACUUGAUAUUGGUGGUGGAUUCCCCGGAGAUAACGACGAUAUGUUUUCGAAUAUUGCUAAGGUAGUCAACAACUCAGUUGACAAAUAUUUUAAAGGCAUUGAUGUGCGUGUGAUUGGAGAGCCUGGCCGAUACUUUGUAGCAGCAGCAUAUACCCUUGUAUGUAAAAUUUAUUCAAAACGUGAAAUUAGGCAAAAAGACGGCAAGCUUGAAAAGGUUAUGUACUUUAUCAAUGAUGGAGCUUAUGGAACAUUUAAUUGUUUAUUGUAUGAUCACAUUACAAUAAAAGUUAUUCAUUUCGAGAAUGAUGGAACGGAAACUUUUAAGAGUCUAAUUUGGGGUCCAACUUGUGAUGCUCUUGAUAAGAUAUGUGAUAAUUUAUAUCUUCCAAAUUUGAGGGAAGGAGAUUUUAUUGCUUUCCCAAAUAUGGGUGCUUAUACUGUGCCAACUGCUAGUCCUUUUAAUGGAUUUAGUGUUCCUAAGACUCGAUAUUUUUUAAGAAGUGAUUUUUUAUAGAUUUCGCACUGUACUUAAUGUACAGUGAAAAUAUUUUUAAUAAAAUAUAUGAAAAAAGUA